AUGGUCCCAAAUGAAGAACUUCAGUACCUGGGAAUAAUCCAGUUACUUCUCCAUUUUGGAUGGAAAUUCAUAGGUUUCAUCACAAUGGAUAACGAAGGUGGAGAGCACUUUUUGCAGACCUUGGAGGCACAGUUUUCUCAGAGUGGAAUCUGUUCAGCAUUCAGUGAAAUUAUUACAAAACAUAUUUUUGUUAUGAGCAUACAGGAUAUUUGGGAUCUCUAUCACAAUAAUCGCCCGUCUUUCAUGACAAGCAGAGCCAAUGUAGUCAUCAUAUACGGAGAAACAACAUCCAUUACAUGGCUGACGGGUUUUCUGUUGAUAAGAAUGUUGACUUCUGAAGUAAGUGCUGAAUAUGAGGAGAUGAGAACUUUUGGGAAAGUCUGGAUUAUGACAGCUCAAAUAGAUGUCACAUUAACUACCUUCCACAGGGGGUUUGAUAUGCAGAUGCUUCACGGUGCUCUCACCUUCACAAUUCACUCAAAGAAAGUUGAAGGCUUUCAAGAAUUUAUUCAGACCAUCCACCCUUCAGCAGCAGAAGGAAAUGGUUUUAUCAAAGAUUUCUGGGAGCAAGUAUUUGACUGUUCCUUUCUAAAUUCUGUGGUCCAAACAGAAUUAAUGGAAUCCUGUACUGGGAAUGAGCGUCUGGAAAGUGCACUUGCACCCAUUUUUGAAAUGAGCAUGACUGGCCACAGCUACAGCAUCUAUAAUGCUGUUUAUGCUCUGGUGCAUGCUUUUCAGACCAUACACAUACUGAGGUCCAAUACCAGAGGAAUGAAAGACGUGGACAGAAUGUCCCCUCAUGCUGUGGAACCUUGGAAGCUUCGCUCUUUUUUCCAGAGGAUCUCAUUCAACAACAGUGCUGGAGAUGAAGUCACCUUCAAUGAAUGUGGAGAAUUAGUAGCUGGAUUUGAUAUUUCUAAUUUGGUCACUUUCCCAAAUAACUCCUACAUCAGAGACAAAGUGGGAAGGCUGGAUCCACAGGUUCCUCAUGGUGCCACUUUAACCAUUAAUGAAGAGAGUAUCCAGUGGCAUAAAGUCUUCAUUCAGGCACCUCCUGUCUCCCUCUGUAAUGACAAGUGCCAUCCUGGAGACAGCAAGAAAAAGAAGGAGGGGGAGACAUUUUGCUGCUACAAUUGUGAAUCAUGUCCAGAAGGGAAGGUCGCAAACAAGGAAGAUAUGGAUUAUUGCAUUAGCUGCCCAGAAGAUCAAUAUCCAAACAAGUUCAGAGUUCAUUGCAUUCCCAAGGUUCUAAAUUUCCUUUCUUUUGAAGAACCUCUGGGCACCAGUUUAUGUUUCUUGGCUCUUUUUCUUUCUCUGGUCACAGCUUCAGUGCUUGGAAUAUUCAUUAAACAAUGCGACACUCCAAUUGUCAAAGCCAAUAACAGGAGCCUCACCUACAUUCUCCUCAUCUCUCUCCUUCUGUCUUUCCUCUGUGCUUUGCUCUUCAUUGGGAAGCCCAAUGAGGUGACUUGCCUCCUUCGACAAACUGCAUUUGGAAUCAUCUUCUCCAUUGCUGUAUCUUCUGUUUUGGCCAAAACCAUUACAGUGGUUGUGGUUUUCAUGGCCUCCAAGCCAGGAAACAUUUUUCAAAAAUGGAUAGGGAAAAGAUUAGCACAUUCUAUUGUUGUAUUCUGCUCCCUGGUUCAAGUGGGUAUAUGUUUAGUUUGGAUGAGCACUUCUCCUCCAUUCCCAGAUUUGGACAUGCACUCAGUGUACGGCAAAAUUAUCGUAGCAUGUAGUGAAGGCUCUGUUAUCAUGUUUUAUUGCGUUCUGGGCUAUAUGGGCUUCUUGGCCAUUGACAGCUUCACUGUGGCAUUCCUAGCCAGAAAGUUACCAGACACUUUCAAUGAAGCCAAGUUUAUCACCUUCAGUAUGUUGGUAUUCUGCAGUGUUUGGCUGUCCUUUGUUCCAACUUACCUGAGCACAAGUGGAAAAUACAUGGUGGCCGUGGAGAUCUUCUCCAUCUUGGCUUCCAGUGCUGGCUUGCUGGGCUGCAUCUUUUUCCCCAAGUGCUACAUCAUUGUCAUGAGGCCCGAUUUGAAUAAAAAGGACCAGCUAAGCAGAAGGAAGCAUUAA